CAAGAGAUUACUGAUACCCAAUAAUUGACGAAGAAGGUUCCACAAUCUGUAUAUGAAUUGCAAACAAAAUUUCUUUGGUAGAACUAAAAACCUUGAUCUGAGUUUUAUUUCCACAUGGAUCUUCAAACCUUCUACUUCAUAUCCAUUCUCAUUUUUAUGUUUAUUGCACACAAAAUAAUAACAAAGAAGUCUGCCUCAACUCCAAAUUUGCCACCAGGGCCGUGGAGGCUACCAAUCAUAGGGAACAUACACAACCUCGUUGGCUCACUUCCCCAUCGUAGACUGAGAGAUUUAUCAGCAAAAUAUGGACCCUUGAUGCAUCUGAAGCUUGGAGAGGUUUGUACCAUUGUGGUUUCAUCUGCAGAGUGUGCUAAAGAAGUGUUAAAAACCCAUGAUCUUAUCUUUGCAUCAAGGCCUCCAAUACUAGCUUCAAAGAUAAUGUCUUAUGAUUCUAUGGGCAUUGCUUUUUCUCCUUAUGGUGAUUAUUGGAGACAGCUAAGGAAGAUUUGUGCGUUGGAGUUAUUAAGCUCGAAACGUGUCCAAUCUUUCCAGCCAAUCAGAGAGGAAGAGCUCACUAAAUUCAUCAAAAGAAUUGCUUCAAGAGAAGGGUCACCCAUCAAUCUCACCAAAGAAAUCCUUACAACAAUAUCUACAAUUGUUGCAAGGACAGCCCUUGGAAGCAAGUGUAGGGACCAUCAAAAGUUCAUAUCAGCUGUAAGGAAAGCCACAGAGGUUGCUGGAGGUUUUGACUUGGGAGAUUUGUACCCUUCUGCCGGAUGGCUUCAGAACAUCUCAGGGUUGAAGUCUAAGAUUGAACAGUAUCAUCAACAAACUGAUCAGAUAAUGCAGAGGAUCGUGGAUGAUCACAGAGAGGCUAAGUUAAGUGUUGCACAAGGCCAGGGUGAACAAGUGGAGGAUGAUCUUGUAGAUGUGCUCAUGAAGGAGGAGUUUGGCUUAAGUGACAAUGGUAUCAAGGCGGUGAUUUUGGAUAUCUAUGGAGGGGGGAGUGAGACAUCAUCUACUACCAUAACAUGGGCAAUGGCAGAGAUAAUAAAAGAUGCAAGAGUAAUGAAGAAGGUACAAGCUGAGGUAAGAGAGGUAUUUGGUAAAGAAGGACAGCCUGAGGAAAGUGACAUGGAGAAUCUAAAAUAUUUGAAAUGUGUUGUGAAAGAGACAUUGAGAUUGCACCCUCCUGGUCCCCUUCUACUUCCAAGAGAGUGUGGAGAAGCUUGUGAGAUAAAAGGGUAUGAGAUACCAAUGAAAAGCAAGAUCAUUAUCAAUGCUUGGGCCAUUGGAAGAGACCCAAAUCAUUGGACUGAGGCAGAGAGGUUUUAUCCAGACAGGUUCAUUGAAAGUGGUGUUGACUACAAAGGCAAUAAUUUUGAGUAUAUUCCAUUUGGAGCUGGAAGAAGAAUGUGCCCAGGCCUUACAUUUGGCUUGACCACUGUUGAGUUUCCUCUUGCAUUGUUAAUGUACCAUUUUGAUUGGAAAGUUCCCAAUGGAAUUAAGAAUGAAGAUUUGGAUAUGACUGAGGCUUUUGGAAUAUCCGUUGGUAGAAAACAUGAUUUGCAACUAAUUCCUGUCACUUUCCGUCCUUGAAAGAGCUCAGAUUAAACAAAUUUUAUAUCAACGGUUUGUCAUCUUUUUCUUAGCCUUUCCAUUCUACUGAAUAAAUAUAUAUAUGUAUUUGGACACCAAGACUGGCUUGUUGGAAGAUCACUAAUGAUAUUUAUAGUUUAAACAUGAAAUUUGUUUUGGUU